GACAGAGUCCUCAGGCUCUGAGAAACCCAAGCGGGCUCCGAACUCUUCAUCCAUCCCUUGAGGCCCCACGAGGUCGGUAAAGGCACUCCCAGCCGGCCUUGACCCUGGCCCCACACUGGCCCCUGUUGGAGGGCUGCCCACCUCGCACCCCGGUCAAGAUUCAGUCUCCCGGAUCUACCUCCAGCUCCAUGUCCCACUCAGCCCCCGUGCUGGAGAGCGGGCUCCUGGUGUCCCCCAGCUGCUCGGCUCCCAGGGGUCCCAGGAAGGGCAGCCAAGCAGCGGACAGGAAGGAGAAGACGGCCGCAGCGAUGCCCGACUCCCCCGCUGAGGUGAAGACACAGCCCCAGUCCACGCCCCCCAGCAUGCCGCCCCCUCCGCCCACUGCAUCCCAGGGCACCACGCGGCACCCCUCCUUCACACCCCACACAAAUCGAGAGGAUGGGCCUGCGAUGUCUCUGCCCCAUGGCCGUUUUCAUGGCUGCUUAAAAUGGUCUAUGGUCUGUCUUUUGAUGAACGGCAGCAGCCACUCACCAACGGCCAUCAACGGCACCCCAUCCACACCCAAUGGCUUCAGCAAUGGCCCGGCCACCUCGUCCACAGCUUCACUGUCCACACAGCACCUGCCCCCGGCCUGCGGGGCUCGGCAGCUCAGCAAACUCAAGCGUUUCCUCACCACCCUGCAGCAGUUCGGCAGCGACAUCUCCCCAGAGAUUGGGGAGCGCGUGCGCACGCUGGUGCUGGGGCUUGUGAACUCCACGCUGACCAUCGAGGAGUUCCAUUCCAAGCUCCAGGAGGCCACCAACUUCCCGCUACGCCCAUUUGUCAUCCCCUUCCUGAAGGCAAACCUGCCCUUGCUGCAGCGGGAACUCCUGCACUGCGCCCGCCUGGCCAAGCAGACCCCUGCCCAGUACCUGGCCCAGCACGAGCAGCUCCUGCUGGAUGCCAGUGCCUCUUCCCCCAUUGACUCCUCGGAGCUCCUGCUGGAAGUCAAUGAGAACGGCAAGAGGAGGACACCUGACAGGACCAAAGAGAAUGGGUCAGACCGCGACCCGAUGCACCCUGACCCCCUCAGCAAACGACCAUGCACCCUGAGCCCCGCCCAACGCUACAGCCCCAGCAAUGGGUUGCCCCACCCCACACCACCUCCGCACUACCGCCUCGAGGACAUGGCCUUGGCCCACCAUUCCCGCGACUCCUACCGCCACCCUGACCCCCGGGAGCUGCGGGAGCGCCACCGACAACUCACGGUCCACGGGUCUCGGCCGGAGGAAGUGAUCGACCACAGGCUGACAGAGCGAGAAUGGGCUGAGGAGUGGAAGCACCUGAACAACCUCCUGAACUGUAUCAUGGACAUGGCUGAGAAGACACGGCGGUCACUCACCGUGCUGCGCCGGUGCCAGGAGGCUGACCGGGAGGAACUCAACCACUGGGUCCGGCGCUACAGCGACGCUGAGGACACCAAGAAGGGCCCCGCGCCCACCCCCACCCGGCCUCUCAGCAGCUCCGCGGGUGCAGAGGGGUCUCAACUAGACGUGCACCGAGAGUUCAUGCCUAGGACCCUCUCCAGCUAUAUGCCCGAGGAGAUCUGGAGGAAGGCUGAGGAGGCGGUGAAUGAGGUGAAGCGGCAGGCGAUGUCUGAGCUGCAGAAAGCCGUGUCGGACGCCGAGCGGAAGGCCCACGAGCUCAUCAGCACGGAGCGCGCCAAGAUGGAGCGGGCCCUGGCUGAGGCCAGACGGCAGGCCUCAGAGGAUGCCCUCACCGUCAUCAACCAGCAGGAGGACUCCAGUGAGAGCUGCUGGAACUGUGGGCGCAAGGCCAGCGAGACAUGCAGCGGCUGCAAUGCAGCACGCUACUGCGGCUCCUUCUGCCAGCACAAGGACUGGGAGAAGCACCACCACGUGUGCGGCCAGAGUCUGCAGGGCCCCACGGCUGUGGUGGCUGACCCGGUGCCUGGACAGCCCGAUGCCACUGCCAGCCUGGGCCCCUGCCUGCCCACGGGCGCUGCCAGCCCCAGUGAAGCUGGCUCCACAGGGCCUUCUCGCCCCGGCUCUCCUGGCCCACUGGAUGCCGCACCCCGCUGACCCCUCCCAGACCCGCUGCUCAGCCCACGGACACGCACCCACCGACCCCGCUCGGCCCCAGCCACCGGACACUGCGCCCGGCCCUGGGAGCCCAACCAUUGGAGUCACUGCUGCUACUGCUUCUCUCCAAAAGAAAACACAAAACCAACAAAAACUGCAUUCAACGCAACUUCCUCAGCUACCUGAAGAUCUCACGCAACAACCUCUUCAAGCAUCCUCAGAACCUCCCACCGAGCUUUAGACAACGGAGAGGACGCUGGCCGCUGGCCUGAGCACCACCGGCUCGUCCACUGCCCUUUCUCUCUCUCUCUCUCUCUCUCUCUCUCUCUCUCUCUCUCUNUCUCUCUCUCUCUCU